AAGUUGAAGAGAACAAAGCCUUACACAGUUGAUGGUAAGUUGGUCAAGUAAAUAAAGUUGUUUAAUGUUUAUAUAUAGUGUAGCAGUGUCGUCGUAUGAAGUAUUUGGAGCUACCACAACACGUUGUCUAAAAAUCCUUCUCUAGCUUAACUUUCCUCUAUUAUUUACUACUACGUACUUUAGUGUUUUUCUUCCUUGUUCAAAAUGGAAGUUGGAAAUGAAGUUGAGUUUCUUUGCAACAAAACUAUUUUAGUCACCGGCACCACUGGCUUCUUGGGAAAAGUGCUCCUGGAGAAGAUACUUCGAAUUCAGCCAAAUGUAAAGAAGUUGUACCUUCUUAUAAGAAUCAAGGAUACCAAGUCAUCACUUGAAAGGCUACAUGAUCAGAUCAUAGGGAAAGAGUUGUUUCGAGUUUUAAGAGAAAGACAUGGAGCGGAAUUUGAUUCCUUCAUAUCUGAGAAAGUAGCACCAAUUGAUGGGGAUACAUCAUUAGUUAAUCUGGGAUUAAAAGACAAGAGCGAAAUAUACAAAGAAAUAGACGUUAUCAUUCAUUCAGCUGCAGUGACUAAGUUUCAAGAGAGGUAUGAUUUGGCUUUGGGAAUCAACACCCUUGGUGCUAGAAAUGUAUUGCAGUACGCCAAGACGUGCCCAAAAUUGCAGGUUCUUGUUCAUGUAUCAACUGCUUAUGUUUGCAGAGAGAAGGCAGGGCUUAUCCUUGAAACCCCAUGUAAAAUGGGUGAGACGUUAAGUGGGAUAGACAUUGACGUAGAAAAGAAGUUAGCUAACGAAACGUUGAAUGGUCUCACAAGCAAGGGAGCUUCCACAAAACAAAUCCGUGAUACCAUGAAAAGUUUAGGCCAGAAACGGGCGGAUGUAUACGGAUGUGCCAAUACAUAUGUGUUUACAAAAGUAAUGGCAGAAAUGCUGAUAUGGGAGCACAAAGGCGAUUUACCAGUAGUUAUUGUUCGCCCUACUAUGAUUUGUAGUACUUACAAAGAACCUUUUCCUGGUUGGAUUGAAGGUGUUGGAAGCACAGGCACGCUUUCUAUUUUAUAUGGCAAAGGACUCAUCAAUUUUUUAUAUGCCGACGGUAACUCUGUUAUUGAUUUAAUCCCAGUUGAUAUGGUGGUAAAUUCAAUAAUUUCUGGAAUGGUAGCAAACGCAAAUAAACCAUGUCUAACAAUUUAUCAAGUGGGUUCUUCAUUGAGAAAUCCUUUAACCGUAAGUAAGUUGGUUGACAUCAACUAUCGAUACUUCAACAAAAACCCAUGGAUAGAUGGUCAAGGAGUGCCCGUAAAGAUUAAGAAGGGCAAGUUGGUAAAGGAUAGACUCCAUUUUCUGAUGCUUUCGGUCCAACCCAUCCCUAAGUUAAUGGUGUUAAAAUUAGUUGAUAUAGCCCUAUGCCGUUAUUUCAAGCUGAAUCAAGAUAAACUUGAGAUGCAGUUAAAAGUAGCAGUUAAAAUGGCGAUGAUAUUUAGUCACUAUUUACUCUUUGCCGGCAUCUUUGAUGACGAGAACACUGAGAAGCUAAGGACAACAAUAAAAAGAAUAGAUGAAGAAGGUUUCAACUUUGAUCCCAAGUCUAUUGAUUGGGAAGACUAUCUUUUCAACCAUCACAUUCCAGCAAUAGUUAACUACUUGUUUUGAAGUUGUAAUUUGGGCAACAUUCAAUUUAUCCCUUUGUACGAAAACUGAUUUUGGCACACCACUUUGUUGAUUUUGGCACACCACGUGUGAGAGAAUAAAAAAUUAUGUUAUACGUACUCAUAUGUGGUGUGCUAAAAUCAACCAAGUGGUGUGCCAAAAUCAAUUCUCCUUCAUACGUACGGAUCGGAAUAGUAAUGUUUAAUUUAAAAGUUGAAAUCUCCUCAAUCACUUCCUUUGUUGUACUAGUAGUACUAUGCACGCGAUGCAUGUCGAUAUUUUCAAAAAUCUGAUUUGAUAUAUAGACAUGUAUUGUUCCAACGUUUUAUAGUUUUUUUUUACAAUUUUUGUAAGGGUAUUAUCUACAUCUAGUUUUUUUUCAUUCAUUUAUUAGAAAUUAUUAUUGUUGACUUACUUCAUCAAUUAUUAAAAUUUCAAUCAAAGAUGUAGUAUUUAUCUAUAUAAAAUAUUUAUUUCUCA